AUGGCGGCGCCAGUCGACGAUUACCCAAUGGGAGUGCGCUUCCGCCCAACCGACGAAGAGUGCUGCCGCUACCUCCUCGGCACCGUCACCGGAAACCCUAUCGCCGGCCACCAUCUCAUCAUAUCCGUGGCCGACCUGUUCGGCGAAAAGGAGCCCUGGGAGUUCUUCUCCGCCGAGGACGAAUGCCAAGAGCGCUAUUUCUACACCCGCCUCAAAAGGGUCGCCAAGAACACCAAGAGCUCUGGGAGUUAUCAGCGCUUUUCACGCAACAUCGGGAACGGCACGUGGUUGAACAAUGGCCAGCCGGUGUCCAUCCACGGGGAGAGGGGCGAAUUGUUGGGCCACAAGCGGUCCUUCCGUUACGUGCCCAGGAAAGGUGGUGCCCAUUGUUUCGGGGAGUGGAUUCUGAAGGAGUAUACGGUUCCGGACUGCAAGUUGGGGCAGGUGAAACCGGAGUUCAAGGACUAUGUGCUUUGCCUUCUCAGGAGGAAGAAGGAUAAGACGAAGAAGAGGAAGAGGAAGAGCGGGCCGGGCCUUGCUGAAUCAGAUUGUGGGCCUGCGGAAGGGGGAUUGGCCUACUUGCUCUCGACUUUGGUGGAUCAAAGUGGGCCGUCUGGUUGUGAAACCCUACCAGUAGUACAGGCUGGUGAAGGGAAGAAGGUGCUUGGAGGGUAUUCUGGUAAUUAUCAGAUGAUGGAUUUCGGUUAUUCGGUCGUUCCGAGUGAUCAUGGUGUUUGUUGGGUAAACGGUAAUUAUCCAGUUGGUUUGUGGGAGAAUGUUGUUGAUGAUGAUGAUGUGGUGGUGUUGGAAGAUGAUGAUAAUUUGGAGGAGCUCAUAAGUUUCGACAUGGACAACAAGGACUCAGUUCGGAGUCUCGACGAUUGGUUUGGAGGUUUGUGUGGUGCUAUGAGAGAAGAGUGUUUCACCUACCCAAUGUGGUAG